UACAAAUGGAAUGCUGUGCCAAUGCAGUCUGCAUAACGAUGCUUUGGGAAAGUGACAGCACUUUCGUGGUAGUGGGGUCUCUCAGGAAUGCAUACGUGGUAAACAAACCGAGUGAGUCGAAAGGGUUAAGAACUUGGCUAUUUGGUUUCGCUGAAAAGGGUGUGGGUCUUCUUGAAGCACUGACCGAAAAACAAACGGUGAAAAGUUAACGAAGCGGCGGGAGAACACAGCGAAGACACAACAUGUCGAAUUUUGCUCCGUAUCAAGGGAGCACACGGAGGUCUCCAGAUGUGGCCAGGGGAAAGAGAUCACAGGACUGGGAGCUAUCAGGGAGCGACUUCGGCGAGUUCGACUCUCAAGGGAUAUUCAGAGACAACUCGUUCUCUCAGAUGAACAAAAUGCCCGAUGAAGAUAAGCACAAAAGAACCACCGAGGCAUCCCAAAUUCAUCUCCAGCCUUACUUACUUCAUCCCCGCAUGUCGGGACGGAUGUCGGUGUACAGCAGUGGAGUUCGCCCCGUCCUCACCCAUGCCUACAUCCAAGGACGCGUCUAUAACUUUUUGGAAAGGCCAUCCGGCUGGAAGUGCUUCAUUUAUCACUUCAUUGUGUUUCUCAUAGUUCUCGCUUGCGUGAUUCUCAGUGUCCUCUCGACCAUCAGAGAGUACGAGGCCCUGACACAUCGGACUCUCUACUGGAUGGAAAUAUUCCUUGUGGUUUUCUUUGGCGUGGAGUACAUUGUCCGCCUUUGGUCUGCAGGUUGCCGCAGUAAAUAUGUUGGCUUCUGGGGCCGACUGCGAUUUGCCAGGAAACCAAUAUCUGUAAUAGAUUUGAUUGUUGUGGUUUCCUCAAUACUGGUGCUAACACUUGGCGCCACAGGACAGGUGUUUGCCACCUCUGCAGUAAGGGGGAUUCGCUUCCUGCAGAUCCUACGUAUGCUCCAUGUUGACCGCCAGGGGGGAACAUGGCGUCUCCUGGGCUCUGUUGUUUACAUGCAUCGACAGGAGCUGAUCACAACCCUGUACAUCGGCUUUCUGAGCCUGAUCUUUGCUUCCUACAUUGUCUACCUGGCAGAACAAGAUAGCGACACCUUUGGAAACUAUGCUGAUGCCAUGUGGUGGGGAGUGAUAACAGUAACAACCAUCGGGUAUGGAGACAUCAUCCCUCAGUCGUGGCUUGGAAAGACCAUCGCGUCAUUCUUCUCAGUCUUUGCCAUUUCCUUCUUUGCACUUCCCGCGGGAAUUUUAGGCUCAGGCUUUGCACUGAAAGUGCAGCAGAAACAAAGACAGAAACAUUUCAACAGACAAAUCCCUGCUGCCGCACGUCUCAUUCAGACAUCAUGGAGGUGUUAUGCAGUGACCAACAGCGAUUCUGCCACAUUUAAAAUGUUUUUGAAAAAGAGAACUAGCACCUCGAACUCACAAUCGAACCCAAAGCCGAAGACAUCGGUGAAGAUGAGAAAGAAGCUGAAGACCAACAACAAGGAUAUGAAUCCAAAUUUCCUCGCAUCUCCUAGCGUUACCUGUGACUCUGUUAUAGACAGCAGGAUGGAUCUGAGCUGCGAUGUAUUCAGUGCUGUGGACAUAGAGAAAAGAAGUCCUGGCCUUCAGGAUGUCCAUUGUCCCACUGGCCUGCCAAGGAAAUGUAGUUUUGCAGAUGACCUGGAGCAGGAGUCAGAGCGAGACAGUGCUCCGAACGCCUGUCUCUCUACAUCACAACUAACUGAGUCUCACAGACGGGCCAUUCGUGUGAUCCAGAGAAUGCGCUAUUAUGUGGCCAAAACCAAGUUUCAGCAAGCUCGUAAACCAUAUGAUGUUCGAGAUGUGAUUGAGCAAUACUCCCAGGGUCACCUCAACCUCAUGGUGCGAAUCAAGGAACUACAGAGAAGACUGGACCAGUCACUAGGGAAGAUUACUGUGUUCCAGACAGGAGCAGAUCGUGCUAGAGACAAGGGAAACAACUCCAUUGGAUGCCGUCUCAGCAGGAUGGAGGACAAGAUUACACACAUGGAUCUGAUGCUGAACCGCAUUGCCAACUCCCUCACUCUUCUGCUGGACCGGAGGGAUGGCGGCGAGGGUGAAGGUGGAGGUAGACUGAUGCCACGGCCUGGACAGACCACCAAUGUCAUACCCGGCCAGGAUAGCCUGCCAAGCUAUGAGCAACUGUCUUUGUCACCAUGUUCUUCUGCCUACCCCCAUCCUCCCAUCACUUUGUCUGCCACAUCAGAGGAAAGCAACUGAAUUCUAUUGCUACUGUCUCUAUCCAUCUAAGCAUCAACGUUACCAUACGAUAUUCCACACAUGUUCCUGACAAAAAACACACGUUUAUUUGUCUUCUGAUCAAUGCACUGUCCACUAUGGUAACAACACAAACAAGCAAGUUUUGUCCUUUUGGGGGGGGGAGCAAGGCAUGGUGAUACCAUUCCGUAGGUUAUAAACAAGCAUGAUAAUAAUAUGCAUAAGGGUUUUUUUUUUCUUAUUGUCGAAUAACACAACUAAUACCUAUCUUAAUGCCUAAUUAAUGUGUUUAAUGAUUAUUACACCAGCAUAGGAUUAAAGACCACUUGUACUUUUAUCUCCUUUUUGAAUGCACUUAAAAGGCAUUUUUAAUUCCAGUAUUAAAAUGUUUAUGACAUUAACAUGCCGUAAAUGACAAUAUUAAUUCCACAUUAUUUGUAUUGAUGUAUUAAUGAACAAUAAAUCUAUUAACAACUAUCCAAUCUCUCCAUGGUAUUUAACAUUCAUUCAUUCAUUUUCUACCGCUUAUCGCGGGGGUGCUGGAGCCUAUCCCAGCUGUCUUCGGGGGAGAGGCGGGGUACACCCUGGACUGGUGGC